ACCCUCUGAGCUGCAGCAGAAGCAAUUGGAUUUGAUCAGCUGGAAGAAGGAUGCGCUGUUGGGUGUUCCUAGCGGCGGUGGCCGCAACUUUGCUGGCCGUGCGAGCCCGGGAUCCGUUUGCUGAAGAUUGCAGAAUACAUGAAUAUCCUCCAGCUGGACCAACGUAUAAAGGAAUAUUUCCUGAAUAUGUCAUAAACCUUGACCUACCACCAAGGGAGAGAUGGGUCCAAGUGGUACGUGAAAAAAAAAAUGAGUUACGGAUUGUAAUGAAGACUAUUAAAGAUAUUGUAUUGACAUUCAUCCCUAAUGAGAAAUUCAUAGCAUCUAUGGAGUCAAAAAUGGGUUGGUUAUGUUCUACCCUUCCCUAUCCUUUCAAUGAAGAAAUAAAAGGCAUUGCUUCUGCUAUUGAUGUUCCUUUAGGUGAUGUUGUUGUGUUCAACAUCUUCUACGAGAUCUUCACAGUGUGCACAUCCAUAAUAGCUCAAGACAAAACAGGAAAGCUAUACCAUGCUAGAAACCUUGAUUUUGGACUGUUUCUUGGGUGGGAUGUACAAAAUAGUUCCUGGCACACAACGCAGAAGCUGAAGCCAAUAAUGGUAUCAUUGGAUUUUCAGAAAAACAAUAAAACAGUAUUUAAAUCUGCAAAUUUUGCUGGCUAUGUUGGAAUUAUAUCUGGAGUUAAACCAGCCUUGUUUACAUUAACCAUGAACGAGCGAUUCAGUCUUGAUGGAGGUUACAUUGGAAUCUUAGAGUGGCUUAUUGGCAAGAGGGAUGGUUGGUGGAUGAGUUUUCUCAUCAGAACUGUGUUGGAAAACGGCACAAGUUACGAAGAGGCAAAGGAUAAAUUGGCCAACACAAAGCUGCUGGCUCCAGCUUACUUCAUACUAGGGGGAAACAAAUUGGAUGAGGGUUGCAUUAUUACACGUUCUCGAAGUGCAGCUUUAAACAUUAAGUAUUUGGAUACAAAGAAAGGCAACUGGUUUCUUGUACAAACCAAUUAUGACCCCUGGAAGCCUCCACUUAUUAUAGAUGACCGGAGAAACCCUGCAAUUAAUUGUGUGAAUCAAACGGGUCAAGAGAAAAUCGCAUUAUCAGAUUUAUACAACGUUCUCUCCACAAAGCCUAUGCUCAACAAGUUGACAGUCGGAACCACACUGCUAGAAGUUUCUGAAGGCCAUAUAGAGUCUUACCUCAGGGACUGUCCAAACCCCUGCAGUCCCUGGUGAGGGCCACUAGUCUGCAGAAUACAACUCAUGGAAGAGGAUCCCUUGCUGGGUGAACAGUGGCAGAUGUUUCCCACUGCCGAGAGCCUCUUCAACUACAGUAUGUCUCCAGAGAAACCUGGAUUUAAGUGCUUGCAAUUCAACCAGCAAAUUAACCCAGUUCUGCUUUCCAAAUGUAUACUUUUCAUUGUAUGAACCUUAAACAGGGUUUGGGGCUUCUGCUUCUUCCUCUUUAACAUCACUUGAUCCUUGUUUAGAUACAGUGUUAUUAGAAAAUUUCUUAAGGCAAGUAUCUAAUUGCAGUUUGUCCUAUGAAUCUUUAUUCAGGAGUAAGUCCCAUUGUAUUUGGUAUGCAAGGUGUGUUUUAGGCAGGUGUGUAUGGGAUACAGUUUUAGGAAAUCAUGACAGCUUGAAUUGGUAUUGUCCAGUCCUUUGAAAGAACUCAGUGUUUGCCUUCUCCUUUGGCUGCCACCUACUUUGGUACAUCAAUAUGUGAAAUAGUGCUUUGGAGUUCUUUACUCCCUCUACACCUGCAGACUUCCACCUACUCAGCCCUGCCUCAGAGGAACAGCAUGGCACUCCUCUCCGCUUAACAAACAUGCCUGGAGCUUUCCAGGGUGUUCCCUCUGAUAUUCUUCAGAGAUUCCCAGUUACUUCUGCAUCUAUGACUGUCUCUCAUCUUCAGCCACAAAUUUAAAACUAAUUGCAUAUAUUUAAGUAGUAAUUAUGAGGGAAGCCACAUUGCUGUUUUCCCAUAAAACAUAAUUGGCUAAGAUGGCAGACGAAUAGGAGUGUUUGGGCAGUCUGGUGAGGCCAACCAUGCUCCCUGUUCUCUCUCACUGCAAUGUCACCUCCAGUUGGGCAGGUAGAGUCACGUUGAGGCAUAUCAAUAAGUGUGGUGUGUUCCAGUACACUGUCUCAGACUUGGUAUAUUUUUAGUGGUACUACUUGUUAAAAUGUGGAGCCACUACCCCAGGAUCACAACAGACUGAAUGUUUCAAUUCUGUUAAUUGGUAUUAAAAAUGUAUCAUUAAUAUGUACUUGAUAAUUUUGCAAUUAAAAAAAUAAAUUAUUCUUGUCUGUCUUAUUGAAAGGAAAUGAUAUUGCAGUGAUAAACAAUACUAUGUUGCAUUUUCUAAAUAACUUUUUUUCAGUGUUUACUAAGCUAAUAUAUGAAUCAGUAUCAUUACUUGACUGCAUAACAAAUUAAACUUUUGAUAAUCUUAAAAAUGGCCCCUUUAAAGCAAGCCAUAUGGAUAUUUCAUUGUUUGAUUUGUUUGGCUAUCAGCAAAUAAUUCUGUUAUAGUUUGUAUGAAGUUGAAGGGAUGGAUGAGGCAGAAUAGCCUUCAAGGCAUCUGUAAAUGUUGAAAGUUUGGAGACUUCUUGCUUUCCUGAAAGAAAAUCCUAAGUACUUGACACACUGGUGGUUUAUUCCCAGGCAUGGGAGAUUAGCUGAGUAGGCUAACUAAAAUGUUGGUACAAAAGAGAGCUUAAUGUUUAAGAGCUUAAUGCCAAAUAAUCCAGAUGAUGUGAACUAACUGACACUAUCUCAUCUGCAAUUUUUAAUUACUGCCUUAAUGAGUAAGAAUUUGCUUUUGCCUAACAAAACUUUUCUAAAAUAUGUCUGAGACAUAUUUCCAUAGCAUGUUUAACUUGCCCCACUUGCUGGUUUAACUCAACCCACUCUAUUGCAGUUUAUAUCCUACGCCUACCAUGACUGUAGGAUGUAAAAUGUAUGUUUCUUCUUUGAUCUGAUGUUUUAAAGAUUCAUUACAUCUCAUUAAAGUUGUUAGAUAAAAUC